AUGCAAAAAAUGUUCAAAACUCUGUUUUCGACUAAUGCAAGAAAAAACUUGAAAGCAUUCACUCGAAGAACCGUUUCUCUGCUAGAAAUCUGCACAAACGAGAGGCUAAUCAACCACGGCCACGCCCUCCACUGCCAAUUAAUUAAAAUGGGACUCUCCUCCCACAAAUACAUCGCCGUUAAAUUGCUGAUCAUGUAUUUAGACUCGAGGAAAUCGAAUGAGAUUAAUCAGAUGCUGAAGGAGUUUGACGGCUUCAAUUUAGUUGUCCACAACUGUUUAAUCACCGCAAAUCUUCAAUGGGGCGAUGCGGCUAAUGCGUGCCAAUUGUUCGACGAAAUGCCUGAGAGAAAUGAGGUUUCUUGGACCUCACUUAUUUCUGGUUUACUGAAGCAGGGGAAAGUGGAGGAGGCGAUGGAUUAUUUUGAGAGGAACCCGUAUUCGGAUGUGUUUUCGUGGACUGCGGUGAUUACUGGGCUUGUUUAUAAUAGGCUGAGUUUUCGAGGAAUGGUGAUGUUUAAGGUAAUGCUUGGAGUUAGUGUUUUGCCUAAUGAUGUUACUUUUACUUCUGUGGUGAAGGGUUGUGUCGAAUUGGGGGAUUUUGGAUUGGGGAUGAGUGUUUUGGGGUUGAUUGUGAAGCUUGGUUUUGAGGGAAAUGUGUGUGUGUUGAAUUCUCUGGUUACCUUUUUUCUGAGGUUGGGUCACAUUGAAUUUGCGAGGAAGACAUUUGAUAUGAUGGAAGUGAAGGAUGUUGUGUCGUGGACGACGAUGCUAGACGUGUACGUUGAGAUGGGGGAUAUGGGAGAGGCUCGACGUGUGUUUGAUGAGAUGCCAGAGAGGAAUGAGGUUACGUGGAGUGCUAUGAUAGCGAGAUUGAGCCAGAGUGGGGACUGGGAGGAGGCGGCAAGGUUGUUCGAGGAGAUGGUUCGUUGUGGCUUCAAACCAAAUAUCUCUUGCUAUUCUAGUGUGAUCAGUGCAUUGGCAAGCUUAAAGGCUUUGCAAGGUGGAAGGAGCAUUCAUGGACUUGUGUUGAAGAGUGGUGUGGAUAUGAAUGUUUUUGUCGGUUGCUCGCUUAUCGACUUGUACUGUAAAUGUGGGAGUAGUGACGAUGGGCGUUUGGUGUUUGAUUCACUUCCACACAAGAACGUUGUGUGUUGGAACUCGAUGGUGUCUGGCUAUAGUUCGAAUGGCAUUAUUUCGGAAGCUGUGGAGGUGUUUAACCGCAUGCCUCAGAGGAAUAAUGUGUCUUGGAACUCGUUGAUUGUUGGCCAUUUAGGUGUGGAGGAUUUUGAUAAGGCGUUUGAAGUGUUCCAUCAAAUGAUCUUGUGUGGAGAGCAGCCGAGUAAAUCCUCUUUCUCAAGUAUAUUGAGAGCUUGCGCGAGCUUGGCCUCGUUGGAGAGAGGAAAGUAUGCACACACGAAAGUUCUUAAACUUGGCUUUCAAUGUGAUAUCUUUAUUGACACCGCGCUCCUAGACAUGUACGCGAAGUCUGGAGAAAUCACGAGCUCUCUGAGGAUCUUUGAUCGGAUGAAAAACAAGAACGACGUCGCCUGGACAGCUAUGAUCCAAGGGCUUGCUGAGAACGGAUUUGCAGGGGAAUCGCUUCAACGCUUCGAAGAAAUGGGAAACACCUCAUCCAUUGCACCAAAUGAGCUCAUAUUUCUGUCAGUGUUGUUUGCUUGCUCUCAUUGUGGUUUUGUUGAAAAAGGGCUUGCUUACUUCUACUCGAUGGAGAAGGUCUACGGCAUCAGGCCGAAUCAGAGGCACUACACGUGCGUGGUGGACAUGCUGUCACGAGCAGGGCGUCUCCGUGAGGCGGAGGAGUUCAUAGCGAGCAUGCCAUGUGAACCUGAGGCGAACACGUGGUCUGCUCUGCUCAGCGGCUGCAGAACCUACGGGGACGAGGAGUUGGGGUCAAGGGUGUCUGUGAAGCUCGCAGAGCUUGCGGAGGCGAAACCUGGCGCAUACGUCCUCCUGUCAAAUAGCUAUGCUUCGGGAGGGCGAUGGGUCGAUGCGAUGAAGACGAGAGACGUGAUGAGCCAGAAGGGGAUCAAGAAGAGUGGGGGCUGCAGUUGGAUGGAGCUGAGAAACAGAGUGCAUCUGUUUUAUUCACAGGAUGAAAGUCAUGAUCAAUGGAGAGAAAUGCAAUGGAUUUUACAGUUGUUGAAUACUGAAAGAGAAUCAUAUUUUUGAAUAUCCCUUUUGUGAUAUACAUAUAUUAAGAGGAGAAAUUGCACUCAGUUUUGAGUGAGAUUAUUGUGAAUUUUAACAUCUUUUUGUAGUAAAGAAAAUGGAAUUUUGGAGUUGA